GUUUUGCUGUUACAGGCGUGAGCAGGACUGUAAAGCGGUGUGCUGGGAGCGGAUCUUGGCAGCGCGUGCAGAGUAGUUAUAGUCUGAGCUUCCAGAGGAAAGAGCCUGAUCUCCUUGGUGACUCCUGAGACUGAGCCAGAACACCUGCCACUUGGGCUUAACCCUGGUUCUCUUCAGGAAUGCAGGAAACUGAUACUGUUCGUGUGACCUGAGAAAUCCCAGGCUGGAUACUGAUGGACGUUGGAUGGGCCAGAAGCAGGGAUGGUCGGCUAUGACCCCAAAGAAGAUGGUAGAAUUAACUCCAAGUUUGAGGUGGCAGUGGCGGGGUCUGUGUCUGGACUUAUCACUCGGGCGCUGAUCAGCCCCUUGGAUGUCAUCAAGAUCCGUUUCCAGCUUCAGGUUGAGCGCCUGUCUCGCAGUGACCCCAACGCAAAAUACCAUGGGAUCCUACAGGCUGGGAGGCAGAUUUUGCAGGAAGAGGGCCCAACAGCAUUCUGGAAAGGACACAUCCCGGCCCAACUUCUGUCCAUUGGCUAUGGAACUGUCCAAUUUUUGUCCUUUGAACUGCUGACGGAGCUGGUCCACAGAGCCAACCUGUACAAUACCCGUGAAUUCUCGGUGCACUUUGUGUGUGGCGGUCUGUCUGCCUGCGCAGCCACCCUCGCGGUGCACCCUGUGGAUGUUCUGCGCACCCGCUUUGCAGCUCAGGGUUGCAUGUGUGCUGUUCAGGUCUACAAGACUCUGCAAGAUGCUGUGGUGACCAUGUAUAGAACUGAGGGACCCUUGGUCUUCUACAAAGGCUUGACCCCCACCUUGAUCGCCAUCUUCCCAUAUGCUGGGCUGCAGUUCUCCUGUUACAACUCCUUGAAGCAUGUCUAUGAGUGGGUCAUGCCGGCCAAUAGAAAGCACAGCGAGAACAUCAAAAACCUGCUUUGUGGCUGUGGGGCUGGAGUCAUCAGCAAGACCCUCACGUAUCCCCUGGACCUCUUCAAGAAACGGCUGCAGGUUGGAGGGUUUGAGCAGGCCCGAGCUGCCUUUGGACAGGUGCGGAGAUACAGGGGCCUCCUGGAUUGCACCAAGCAGGUGCUGCAAGAGGAAGGUGCCCAGGGCUUCUUCAAGGGCCUGUCCCCCAGUCUGCUGAAGGCUGCCCUCUCCACGGGCUUUGUGUUCUUUUGGUAUGAGCUUGUCUGUAACUUCUUCCACUGCCUGAAAAGGACAGACAGCUAGCUUUGGGGCAGGAAGAGACUGAGGUCUUUACUGGAGAUCACCUUCUGAAAGAAGCAAAGCCUGAUCUCGUGUGGCACCGAAGACUCUUCUCUGGCGUGUGCUCCAGGUCAGCCUUCUCAAGCACGAACAGUCACUGGGAGCAGGGUGGCAGCCCUGACCCACCAGAUGGGACACCAUCAGAAGGGCCAGGACUUUCUCCAUGACAGGAUGUAGGCGUGGAGCUGUGGGACAAGCGACCCCAGUGAGAAGGAGCUCCCACUUGUUCUUCUCAGUGCAGCUCAGAUACAAGGGAAUCAGAUGCCACCUUCCACCUCGCAGUUGCAUCCACUGCAUCUAGACAGGAACUCCUGCUUCUGGGAGGGGCUGCAGUUUCAGUGCAGAGGGCCAGGAGUGGGCUGUUCGCUGGAGUUUGGUCCCCACCCUUGGGCUGUUUUCCCCAACAACUUAUUUAAUAGACAUUAAAGCAAAAAAGCACAUUCCUUCCCUUGCUCACCGAGGAUGAGGGAAGGGACCCUGACUUCCUCAAAUUCCACUUUCUUAGUUGCAACUGCUCCUAAUAAACCUAGGGAUGAAGUCCCAGCUGAGUCAGUCAUUUUUGAACCCCCGGACCUAGACUUCACGUCUGUGAAGGCACCAGCACCAGGCCCUGCUUUCCCAGCACAGCACUGGCUUCCAGGGAAGAAGUGCCAGUGAUGCUGCAGGAGGUGGAGGGGAUGUGCUGAUGCAGGAACUGGUAAAGGUGCAACUGGUAAAGGUAGCCCCGCCUACCUUGGAUGGCUCCCCUUUCACUCCCGGGUCAGCCUUGCUGGGGUGAGGAGCUUACGCUAGGCCUGCUCAGUGUGUUCCUUCUCAGCUCAGCACAGCACUGUGUGCGUCCUCUGGAACCCCAGAAAGGUCAUGGCCUCACAGCUGCCCAGUGAUGCAGAGGGGGAAGGAACCUGGGCAGACAAUCUGGUGAGGGCACAGUGGCACUCUGGAGUUACCAGAGCCCAGGUGUCCACAGAGAUGUGUCUAGAUGCAGAGGAAGAACUUCAGUUACAGGAUAUGAGAGAAGAAAAGACAACUGCCGCCCUUUCGUCCUGCCAGCUGUGCUGUGGGCUUCGGCUCUCAGGAGGGAGGAGCAGCACCUUCCUUCACCUUGGCCUCACUUUGGACUCAGGCUAUGAUGCUCCAGCCCCUGCACCAACUUGGAGACACACCUGCUGGGAGUGGUCCCAGUGUGAGGGUGCUGGGGCCCCCACUGGUCCCUUGGGAUUCCUGGGUUCCUUCUCACCGUCCUGCUCCUCUCCUUGGACCUGGCUCUUUGUGGUCUGUCAGACCCUCUGCUGAUGCUGAAGGUCCAGGCUACAGAUCCCUCCCAGGCAGCUGCAUCAUGUGUCAUUGUAUUUUUAAUGAGAUUCCACUGGAGUAAAGUGGAAUUA